UGUGUUUUUGUUCGCUUUUACUCGACGUAUAUUUAGGUGAGCAGAAGCAUGAAAUGCUAGGUGAUAUUUCUACUAUAUUUCCUGUAACGAGAAUAUUAUUUGCUUUAUUGCGUUACUUCUGCAAAAGUUAUAUUUCCUGUAUGGGGAAGCUGCUGUCAUCAUGGUGAUGUUUCCUAUUUCACUGACUGAAGAAGAAGAGGCUUUGCAAAAGAAAUAUGCGAAACUCAAGAAAAAGAGAAAGGCACUGCUUGCACUUAAGAAGCAGAAUACAACCAAUCAGACUAACCAGAGUGGAUUAAAACGGACACUGUCAGACCAACCUGUUGUUGACACUGCCACGGCAACCGAGCAAGCCAAGAUGUUGAUCAAAUCGGGUGCAAUCAGCGCCAUCAAAUCAGAGAAUAAAAACUCUGGCUUUAAACGCUCUCGUAUGCUGGAGAUUAAACUGAAGGACCCUGAAAAAGGUCCAGUUCCUGCUUUCUUACCUUUCCAAAGGAGCGUCUCUACAGAUGAAGAGCAAGUAGAGUCGGGAAGGCGAUCCCACAGGAAGUCACUAUAUGAAAGUUUUGUCAGCUCGAGUGACAGAUACCGGGAUGAGGACGACACGGGCGGCGUAUCUUCCAGCCGAGAGAUGGACAGAGACCGUGAUCGAGAGCGGGACCGUGAUCGGGACCGUGACCGAGAGCGGGAAAGCAAUCGUGAUCGAGAACGUGAGCGGGACCACGAGCGUGACAGAGAGCGAGAGAGGGACCGUGACAGAGAGCGAGGAAGGGACCGAGAUAGAGAAAGCGAAAGGGAUCGGGAACGUGACAGGAACAGAGAGCGUGACCGGGAGAGGGAUCGGAGCAGAGAGCGGAGCAGUGAGAGGGAUCGGGAACGUGAAGGGGAAAGAGAGAGAGAUGGGUCCUUCAGACGGUCGGAUUCAUAUCCUGAACGCCGAGUGAGGAAAGGGAACACGGUGUACGUUUAUGGAUCGGGGCUUUCUGAGGACAGCAUGCGCUCUGCUUUUUCUCAACAUGGCAACAUCAUUGACCUCUCCAUGGACAACCCACGCAAUUGCGCUUUCAUUACCUUUGAGAAGAUGGAGUCUGCAGACCUGGCCGUAGCUGAGUUGAACGGGAGCACGGUGGGAGACGUUCAUAUCAAAGUCAGCAUCGCCAGGAAGCAGCCCAUGCUGGACGCCGCCACGGGCAAAUCUGUGUGGGCCUCUCUGGCUGUGCACAACAGCACCAAAGGUUCUUACAGGGACAAGAGGAACCAAGUGGUGUACAGUGAAGAUUUCCUGUAGUUACGACUGUUUUUUUUAGCGCCGAUUUCUACUUUCAAAGGCUCUCUAUUUUAUGCUUUUUGGUUACAAUCCAGCAGCCUACAAUCCAAAUAUUCAUUUUUUCUCAUAUUGUUUAGAUUUUAAGUAUAUCCUUGACAGUACUUUUUUUUUUCUUGAUGAUUUUCAUCCCAACAGUGGUUGAAGGAUACAAAUUACGGAUGUCCGAUAAUAUAUCGGUUGACAUUUUUUUUCCACGAUCAUGUUGGAUUAGAUAAUAUUAGCAUAUAGGUUUUUGGCAAAAAAAAAAAAAGUCAAUAUCAGACAUCCCUAAUAGAUAUUAAGUUUUUUUUUUAAUAACUUUGUUUGCACACACUUUUGCUUAAUAAAAGUAACGCAAUAUAAAGUAUGUAGAAGACAUUUUUUUUGUGCGAGAUCUGCAAAGAAUAUUUGAUUGGGUGUUGUUGAUAACCCAUCGAAUCGCACGUUUUUCGGAUUUUGAGGGGAAUUUUCAAGCAAAAAUUAAAAAUCUUGAAAUUCCAGUUAGCUAACCGCUAGUCCACCGUGCAGCCCAACAGACUGACACCUGACAUGAAAAUGCUGAGUCUAUGAGUUUAAACCUGUGAAAACAGUAAAAAAAAACCUAAAACAAAACAUGCUAAUGUUAGCAUGCUAACAAUGCUAAUGUUAGCAUGCUAACAAUGCUAAUGUUAGCAUGCUAACAAUGCUAACAGUUUUCCACUCGUUUUUUUUUCCCAUUUUAACUUUCUUCUUGUAAAUUUUCUUCUGGUGAUUAUGACUUUA